AUGUCGAAGUCUAGAUUGGCUCCAAUCAAAAGUGUUACGAUUCCCCGUCUUGAACUGUGUGCGGCUGUUCUCGCCAUAAGAUUAGAUGAGGCUUUGCGCAGAGAAUUGCGCAUCAAGAUAGAAAGGACAGUAUUUUGGACUGACAGUAUGAUAGUCCUACAUUUCAUCAAGAAUGAGUCCCAAAGGUACGAAGUGUUUGUAGCCAAUCGGGUCACUACCAUUCGAGAAGGUUCAUCACCAGAAUGUUGGAGACAUAUUGAAUCAUCUCAAGAUCCCGCUGACGCAGCCUCCCGUGGGCUAGAUACCGCUGCUAUGCUGAACCAUAAAAGUUGGCUUCAAGGACCAAGCUUCCUAUGGCAGAAUAAAGAGACCUGGCCAGAACAACCUCCAGUAUUGAGUGUAUCCACAGCUCAGCUGGAAAUCAAGAAAGCUAAGGUGAACUUCGCUAAGUCAAAGAAUGUUGACUUAUGUACAGAUCAACUCCUGAAGAAUUAUUCUUCGUGGUAUCGGCUGAAAAAGGCUGUAGCCUGGAUUUUGAGACUCAAGAAAUGUCUCAUGGACAGAGUCAAUGAGAAACAAGUAAAUGGGAAACAGAAGACAAAGCUUUCACUGGAACCUCUGAGCGUCUCUGAAAUGAAGCAUGCUGAAAUGGCAAUCAUCAAGUAUGUGCAAAGAUCAGCAUUUCCAGUGGAAGUGGAGUUUCUCAUGAAUGCUCGUCCUGUGAAGAAAUCAAGUCCUAUCCAUCCACUUGAGCCAUUUCUCGAUCAGGACGGUAUCCUGUGUGUCGGUGGAAGGUUACAAAACGCACCUAUCCCUGACAAGUCCCAACAUCUUAUGAUUCUACCAAAGGGACAUCCAAUUGUCACAAUCAUUAUCCGAAACUGCCAUAAACAAUUAGGACAUUCGGGUACAGAACAUGUUCUGGCCCAAGUGAGGACAAAGUAUUGGAUAAUAAAUGCCAGAAGCACAAUCAAGAAAACUUUAAGAGACUGUGUCCAAUGUAGGAGACUGCAAGGAAAGCAGUCAAUUCAGAAAAUGUCUGAUCUUCCUAAAGACAGAGUUACACCGGGCAAACCUCCUUUUUCUCAUGUAGGGAUAGAUUGCUUCAGCCCGUUCUUGAUAAAGCGAGGACGCAGUGAAGUGAAGCGAUACGGGUGUUUAUUCACUUGUUUGAACACCAGAGCUAUCCAAUUGGAAAAGCUUGAUAGCAUGAAUACGGAUUCCUUCAUUAAUGCUUUCAAGCGUUUCCAGGCCCGUAGAGGGGCUCCAGAGCUAAUCCGUUCUGACAACGGAUCUAACUUUCGGGGAGCCGAAAAGGAGUUAAAAGAAGCCAUUAGAGACUGGAACCAACAAGUGAUCCAGGAGCAUAUGCUUCAGAAGGAAAUUACCUGGAUGUUCAACCCCCCAGCAGCAUCUCACGUGGGUGGCGUCUGGGAGAGGCAGAUCCGGACUGUUCGGAAAGUGCUGAAUGCUCUGUUAUAUCAGCAACACAGUCUACAGGAUGAAGGACUAUCAACCUUGCUGUGCGAAGUAGAGUCAAUAGUAAAUAGUAGACCUAUUACUGUAAAUCCUGACAAUCACAAAGACAGUGAACCUCUGACUCCUUAUCAUAUCUUACUCCUGCGAUCAGCAAAGUCUGCACCACCAGGCAGAUUUUCACUGAAGGACAGAUACUGUAAGCGCUGGAGAUACAUCCAGUCACUUUCAGAUCAGUUCUGGUCUAGAUGGCUUAAACAAUAUCUGCCUACUCUGCAACUCCGCCAAAAGUGGUUCCAAUCAACAGUGAACUUGAAAGUCGGAGACAUCGUUCUGAUCAUGAAUGAAAAUGUCCCUAGAUAUGUGUGGCCUCUGGCGAGAGUCACUCAGGUGUACCCAGGGAGGGACGGCUUGGUGAGAACUGUGGAGGUCAAGACCUAG